GCGGAGGCGACGCGCGGGGGAAGAUGGAAGACUACCAGACUGCGGAAGAGACCACUUUUGUUGUUGACGAAGUGAGCAACAUUGUGAAAGAGGCUAUAGAAAGUGCCAUCGGUGGCAACGCCUAUCAGCACAGCAAAGUCAAUCAGUGGACCACAAAUGUCGUAGAACAAACUUUAAGCCAACUCACCAAGCUGGGAAAACCAUUCAAAUACAUUGUGACCUGUAUAAUUAUGCAGAAGAACGGAGCAGGACUACACACGGCGAGUUCUUGCUUCUGGGACAGCUCUACUGACGGUACGGUUCUCAGUCCCUGGGUCAGAGUCUGUCGUGGGCAUUUUCCUGAGGUGGUGGUGUCUUCUUGGACCUGCUGA